AUGUCUAAAGUUGGAAUCGAACUAAUUGUUUUUGAACAAUCAUCAAAUAUUGGUGGUAUGUGGAAUGUUGAUAUAAAACCAUGUUGGAAUUCAAUAAGAACAAAUAUUUCAAAAUUUUCUAUACCAUUAUCAGACUAUUCUUGGCCAAAAAAUGCUCCAAUAUUUCCUAUUGUAAAUAUUAAUUAUCUUAAUCAUAAAUGGAUAGUUGAAUAUUCUAAUAAAUCAAAUAAAAUAUUAUCUGAACAAUAUGAUUUUAUUAUUGUUGCAUCAGAUUUCUUUAAUUGUCGAUAUAUACCUGAAAAUAUUAUUGAUUUAUCAUUAUUUAAAGGUAAAUUAAUGCAUAGUUCUGAUUAUUAUAGACCAGAACAAGCAUAUAAUAAAAUAGUUAUUAUUAUUGAUGGAUCAAUGAGAGUAUUUUUGUCGUUACCUCGUUUUAUACCAUUAUUAGCAAAUGAUCCAGUUUCACAUUUUCUUUCAAUUGAUUUUGUUUUUUUAUCGUCAAUCAAAAAGAAUAUCAAAUCAAGAAAAUUAUAUUUCGAACUAAAGAUGAUUAUAAAAAAAUUAAAUGAAUAUUUUCGAUUAAUAACUGGUAAUUGUCAAAAAUCAUCUAAUUUAAUUGAUUUUAAUGAUGAAAAUCCACCAUUUUAUAAUUAUUUCGGAUAUAUCUAUGCUGAAUGA